AUACGUAUGUGUUGCAUACAUGCGAAACAGAUGUCAAAGUCACCGGGCUCAUUGACAUUUAGUUUAUAUUCAUGAAGAAGGCAUUGUGUUUUGGAGUGUUUAUUGUUUCGGUUCGCUUGGAUGAGAAAAGUUUUUUUUUAAAAUAUUAUUCCGUGAAAAAGAGUGAAAGCCGAGAAACAAGUUUCAAAGUUAAAAUUCACCAAAAUGACUUCAAUUAUCAAAUUGCAAGCUCUGUCCGGUGCGAUGGAUGAGUCGCCACCUUGCUAUUUACUACAAAUUGAUGAAGUGAAAAUUCUUUUGGACUGUGGCUGGGAUGAAAAGUUUGAUGCCAAUUUCAUAAAAGAAAUCAAACGGCAUGUGCAUACAAUUGAUGCGAUUUUGAUUUCGUACCCAGACCCACUUCACUUGGGCGCUUUGCCAUAUUUGGUUGGCAAAUUGGGUUUAAAUUGUCCCAUUUACACAACGAUUCCAGUCUUUAAGAUGGGCCAAAUGUUUAUGUACGAUUUGUUCAUGUCACAUUACAACAUGUACGAUUUCGAGCUGUUUUCCUUGGACGAUAUUGAUACGGCUUUCGAUAAAAUCAUUCAAUUGAAAUACAACCAAAGUGUUUCAUUGAAAGGGAAAGGUUACGGCAUUACAAUAACACCGCUUGCUGCGGGACACAUGAUCGGUGGAACCAUUUGGAAAAUUGUUAAAAUCGGUGAAGAGGAUAUUGUCUACGCAACAAAUUUCAAUCACAAAAAAGAGCGUCAUCUGAAUGGAUGUGAGUUGGAGAAGAUGCAACGGCCUUCGCUACUGAUCACAGAUGCAUACAAUGCCAGCUACAAUCAAGCCAGACGUCGUGCACGUGAUGAAAAAUUGAUGACAAAUAUUCUGCAAACACUUAGAAAUAAUGGCAACGUAAUGGUGACGGUAGAUACCGCCGGUCGUGUGCUGGAACUGGCUCAUAUGUUGGAACAGCUCUGGAAAAAUAAAGAAAGUGGCCUACUGGCAUACUCUUUGGCACUCGCAAACAACGUUUGCUACAACGUUGUUGAAUUCGCUAAAUCUCAAAUCGAAUGGAUGAGCGAUAAGUUGAUGAAGAGUUUCGAAGGUGCGCGCAACAAUCCCUUUCAAUUCCGGCAUUUGAAACUAUGUCACACACUUGCCGAAUUGCAAAAAAUACCGUCACCAAAAGUGGUUCUUUGCAGUACGACUGAUAUGGAGAGUGGAUUUUCGCGAGAACUGUUCACUCAGUGGGCUUCGAAUCCAAACAAUAGCAUCAUAAUUACAUCACGGUCAUCGCCAGGUACACUAGCUCGAGACUUAUUAGAGAAUGGCGGAAAUGGUCGUAAAAUCGAGAUUGAUGUACGUCGGCGCGUUGAUAUCGAAGGUGCCGAGCUGGACGAAUACAUGCGAACCCAAGGCGAAAAAAAUUCCGCUAUAAAACUAAUCAAGCGCGAUAUUGAAGAGCCAAGUUCUGAUUCUGACGACGAUAUCGAAAUGAGUGUAAUAACUGGAAAGCAUGACAUAGUAGUACGUCCGCAAGGCCGAGCCACAACUGGAUUCUUCAAAUCCAGUAAAAAGCAAUAUGCAAUGUUUCCGUUCCACGAGGAAAAGGUGAGACACGACGACUACGGGGAAAUUAUUCAACUGGAAGACUAUAAGCUAGCUGACGUGGGAUUUGAUGCGCCAUCAGCACACGAUGACAACAAAGAAAAGAAGGAAAAUGGUCAAAUCAAAAUCGAAAACACCAACGAACAAAACAAAUCGUCUAACAAUGGUUUAUCACUAAUAGAAAAGCCAACAAAGUGUGUGAGCAGUCGCAAGAUAAUUGAUAUAAACGCUCAGGUUCAAUUUAUUGACUUCGAGGGCCGAUCCGAUGGGGAGUCGCUAUUAAAAAUCUUAUCUCAAUUGCGUCCACGCCGAGUGAUUGUCGUCAGAGGAACACCAGAAAAUGUUAACCUAAUUGCUAAACAUUGUUCGCAGAGUAUCGGUGCUCGUGUGUUCACCCCAAACAAGGGCGACGUUAUUGAUGCUACGACAGAAAGCCAUAUAUAUCAGGUCAAACUCACGGAAGCUCUGAUAGCGAAACUUCAAUUCCAAAAGGUGAAAGAUGCCGAAGUGGCAUGGAUUGACGCGAAAAUUCGAGCGCGUAGCAAGAAAAUCCUCCCAUCUCUGGGUGCGAAAGAAAAUGAUCUAGUGACAAAUGGCUCCAACACAAAUGCACCCGCCAUGGAGAUUGACAACGAAGAAGAUGAAGAAGAUAUUUCCACAAAUGGUGAAGUUUCAGUGCUGCCUCCAUCUGAUAAUACGAAAUUGUUGGCAUUGGAACCAAUUCCGGAUGAAGUUGCCCAACCACACAAGUCAACAUUCGUUAAUGAGUUAAAGAUCUCUGAUUUCAAACAAGUUCUCCUUAGAAAUAACAUACAAUCCGAAUUUUCUAAUGGAGCCUUGUGGUGUGCCAACAGCACCAUUGCCAUUCGAAGAAUCGACACAGGAAAACUAUGUAUGGAAGGAUGCAUUUCGGAUGAAUAUUAUAGAGUUCGAGAUCUACUCUAUGACCAAUAUGCAAUAAUUUAGAUCAUCGUUUCAUUCAACAUUUUUAAGGCGUUGUCAUAUGAAAUUAUCAGAAUUUGUGGUGGUCCAUUACUUCCUCAGCAAAAAUAUUAAGAUACGUUAAGUUAAGAUAACCGUUAUUACAAUUUUCCCAAUCAAAUUUCAGAAAAAUGUAAUCAUUUCAAUGAAAUCGACUUUUUUUUUAACUAAGUAAUAAAAACGAUCAUUAUUGUAUAAAAAGACAGUUAAA